CAGAGCGGUUACCAUCCUAGAUGCUGGCAAAUUGCAAUUGAGAGAGUUCAAGCAGUUACGACGCAGCCAAUUAAACUCACGCAGAUAAAGUUGAAGCAAGCGGACGGGCGGAGGCUCUGGCAGAGCUGGUGGCCUCAUUGCAAUCACUCCGGCUGGAGCGUCACGGAAGAGGGUAUACCUGUUUCCGACCCUGAGGUUAUGGAGGCCGACUUUCUGCAGAACGAAUCGCAUCGUAGAUGGCACCAUAAGGCGCCUCUCGCGCACGAGCAGAUGCAUGCUCUCUUUGAAGGGAUUGUAGCAACAGGGCAGUAUAGUCAAACUGCUUAACAGGCGCGUGAGAGCCUGCGCGGCGAUGCGGAGGAGGCCGAUGUGGAGGAGGCCGCUGUGGAGGAGGAGGAGGAG